AGACAGAACCUCGGCCUCAAGCCUUUUGUCUCCUCGCAGCUCUGCGGGGUCCGAAAGGCCUCUGUCCGCCCCUCGCAGAGCGCAGGCUGGCGGGGAUCCAGCCAGGUGGCCGGAACAGGGUCUGCAGCGCCUCGAAGGUGAAUAAGGAGGAAGUUACAGCAAUAACAGGACAGAGGAGAAGCUGAUCAUGGAUUAUCUGACCAUUGAAGUUGAGGAAAGAGCCAUGACUUCUGAGGAUGCUUCUCUGCUCCCAAAACAGAGCACAGAAGAAAUGGAACCUACUGUUGAGCUCCUUCCUGUUGAGUUCCAGGAACUGGUGACAGUCAAAGAUGAGGAAAUGGACUUCACUCAGGUAGAGGAGGAACAGCUGAAUUCUGCCCAAAGGUACAUGGGCAUGGACAUGAAGGUGGAGAAUUGUGGGAGCCUGGUAUUUUGGGAUUCUGAAUCUGUAAGUGAAACUAAAAACUCCCUUUCAAAGCAGGAAGUUUAUGAAGAAAUAUCAUCUGAAAGGGAGCUGAUAAUAGAAAGACUGAAAAAGGAUGAUUCCUGGGACUCCAGAUUGAUAGAAGCCUGGGAAUGUGAAGGCACACAAGAAAGGCAGCAAAGAAAUCAGAGGAAAGAUUUAAGGCAAGUCAUAAUUAAGCACAAGAAAAACUCCAUGGAAGAGUGUAAUGAAAUUGGUGAAAGUUCAAAACCAAUUAAACAUCAGAAAGUUUACUCAUUGAAAAAACCUUGGAAGUGCAAUGAGUGUGGGAACUCCUUCAGUUACUAUUCAGCCUUUAUUCUACACCAGAGAAUUCAUACUGGAGAAAAGCCCUAUAUAUGUAAUGAAUGUGGAAAGGCCUUCAGUCGGAGCUCAUCACUUAUUCAGCAUCAGAGAAUUCACACUGGAGAGAAACCUUAUGAGUGUAACAAAUGUGGGAAAGCUUUCAGUCAUCGUUCAGCCCUUAUUCAACAUCAUAUCAUUCAUACUGGAGAAAAGCCCUAUGAAUGCAAUGAAUGUGGGAAGGCCUUCAACCAAAACACAUACCUUAUUCAACAUCACAGAAUACACACUGGAGAGAAACCCUAUAAAUGCAAGCAAUGUGGGAAAGCUUUUAAUGACACCUCAUCCCUUAUUAAACAUCUAAGGGUUCAUACUGGAGAAAAACCCUAUGGAUGUAAAGAGUGUGGGAAAGCCUUUAGUGACAGGUCAGGCCUCACUCAACAUCAGAGAACUCAUACAGGGGAAAAGCCGUAUGAAUGUAGCGAAUGUGGGAAAGCCUUCAGUUACUGUUCAGCUCUUAUUCAGCAUCAAGGAACCCACACUGGGGAGAAACCUUACAAAUGUAAUGAAUGUGGGAAAGCCUUCAGUGACCGCUCAGCUCUUGUAAGACAUCAGAGAAUUCAUACAGGAGAGAAACCUUACAAAUGUAAAGAAUGUGAGAAAGCCUUCAAUCAGAGCUCAUCUCUUACAAAACACGUGAGAACUCAUACUGGAGAGAAACCAUAUAAAUGCAAUUAUUGUGACAAAGCCUUCAGCCAGAGUUCAUCUCUUAUUCAACACCAGAAAAUUCAUACAGGAGAAAAAUUCUACAAAUGUAAGAAAUGUGAAAAAACUUUCACUCUGCGUUCAGCCUUUCAUCAACAUGAAGAAAUUCAUAAUGAAUAGAAUGCAGCAAAUUCCUAAAAUAAUUAUGUUUUCUCAUCUGAUUGUAAUGAUGAGCAAAGUUGGAGGACUCGCACUAUCUGAUAAUAAGAGUUACUAUAAAGUUACAAUAAUUAAGAUAGUGUGUAUUAGUGUAGGCUAGAUAAAUAGAUUAAUUAAACAGAAACGAGUCCUGAAAUAGACCCACACACUUAUAUGUCAAUUCAUUUUCACAACAGGUAUUAAAGCAAUUCAACAAAUGGUGCUUGAACAACUGGAUAUCCAAAUGGGGAAAAAAGAACCUUGACCUCUCUUUCACUUUAUAUGCAAAAAUUAAUUAGAGAUGGAUCAGAAACCUAAAUGGAAAAACUAAAUUUAAAACACUUAGAAGAAAGCAUAGGAGAUUACCAUCAUGGCCUCAUAAUAGACAAAGGUUUCUUAGGACAGAGAAGCAAUAACUAUGAAAUAAAAAUGAUAAAUUAGAUCUAAUGAAAAGUUAAAACUUU